UGGCCAUGGAAACGGAAAUAGGAACUAAGGAAGCAUAAGAAACCCGAGAGUCGGAGGUGUGUGGCCUCUGGUUCAGAUUGGAUAAACAGUACACGGGUGAUUCCUGGCUGUGAGGGUUGACUGCUCUCCCCAUUGUCUCACCAUGGGCCGGCCUCCUUUAGUCCUCUGCAUGCUGUUUGAAGUCCUGGCGAUAAACUGUCAAGAGUUGCCAGGGCAACGUAUAGUGGGAGGAUACGCGCCAGUGCCACAUUCAAUCAAGUACAUCGUGUCAAUACAGACAACGCAGCGUCAGCACUUGUGUGGGGGCUCCCUGAUAAAUAAGUACUGGGUAAUCACUGCAGCACACUGUAACAUAGGCCUAGACAAAAUGAUGAUAGUGGCAGGAGACUACUCUCUGACCAUCUACGAGGGCACGGAGCAGGAAAUGCUUCCGCAGCUUUUGUUUCCCCACCCUGAGUACAACAGCACCACCACCAACAACGACAUCAUGCUCAUAAAGCUGAGGGCCCCGGUCGAUUUGAACGGCUACGUCUCCGUGGCCCUGCUGCCCCGGCAGGGCGCCUCCGUGGCAGCGGGUCGGGUGUGCCGGGUGUCGGGGUGGGGUUACACCAGCGCCGGCGGAGGGCAGAUCCCCGACACGCUGCGCACCGUCCUGCUGCCCGUCGUCUCGGCGGAGCAGUGCAACCGCAGCGAGUCCUUCGACGGCCUCAUCACGGAGAGCAUGCUGUGCGCCGGCUUCACGGUCGGUGGGAAGGACGCCUGUCAGGGGGACUCUGGGGGUCCGCUUGUGUGCGAGGGCCGGGUCUACGGCCUGGUGUCCUGGGGCAGAGGAUGUGCUGACGCCCAGUUUCCCGGAGUCUACACUGCCGUGUCCAAGUUCCGCAGGUGGAUAGACAACACAAUAUUUAGCUACUACGGCGGGUGCAACAAGAAUUAAGACGUUGCAACGUCACUGAGGUGAAAGGAACGUUAAGUGGAGACUUUUCAAAAUGCAGUCAGUUAUGUCCACAUUUGAGAAAUGACACUUUCUAGGUGUUCUUUUUGCUUUGUGCACCGCUUUAUUCAAUCUGUAGAAAAAGAAGGGUAAAAAAUGAGUAAAAAGUAGUUGUUUUGUGGGAUGUUUUGGUAUAUGUCGGUUAUUUGUUGGUGCUGAAUAAAGCUUCCCACACUCUAGUUUUAUAUUAAUCACAGUAUAUGAGCAGUAUUGUUCUUAAUUGUUGGAAAGAAAAAGGAGAGAAAAGUGCAUUUCUUAAGAUAUCUAACCAUUUUGUUUAAUCUUGAUUUUGCGUGAUAAACCACAGUAACCCCUUUAAUAAAAACAAGAAUAAGGUGCCAAUCAUGAUCAAUAUCAGCGCUAAUGUUCAACCAAGUUCUCGAAGCAUUUGCACAUUUCAACUCAACCGGUGCUUCAGCUGCAACAUCAAAGAUCAUAAGAGCACCUCGUGCUCGUUCACCGGUGAUUUACACAAUCACAUCUGUAAAAUAUCAGGCAUUCCAAUACAGAAGCCAUACAAAAGAACACGUUACGAAAAGAAAUGCCUUGGAUAUUUGAGACUGGAACUCAAACGAUUGGAAAAGUGCAUUUUCAAGCAAAAAAAUGUAAUGACUACAGCUGCUCAAAUAAGGGGAUUGAGGGAUGUCA